UCUUCUUGCGCCUUGCGUUCCGAGUUCCGACCACUUCACGUCUUCACCGCCAGAAACCGACGGCCGCCGCCGCCGCCGCCGCAUCUGCAUGGCCGCCGCCGCCUCUCCUCCUGUCCCGUCCAAAGUCGACGCCUCGUCUCGGCCCGACCGCUCCCCCAGGCCGCAGAGCUUGGAAAUCUCAUGGGAUUCACAAGCAGCGUUAUGCAAGCGUGCAGAGAGUUGCGAGUUGGAGGCAGAAGUACCCUCUAUCAAUCCUACUUUGCUUCCAGUUCUCGAGGAUUUACUUAUAGAAUUAUAUGCAAUAUUGCGUCCAAAGCCUGAUGACUAUGAGCAACGGCAUUUGAUGAUCGAUGUCUUCAACAAAAUAGCAGAAGAGAUAUAUGGUAAAAAGAAGGGGUUUCCAGUUGUGGAAGCAUUUGGAUCGUUCACAAUGGAUCUAUUUACUUCCAAAAGUGACCUUGACCUCUCUGUCAACUUUAAUGCUGAUUUUCAUAGUCAAUUUGCUCGCAAGGACAAGAUUUCUGUUAUUCGGAACCUCGCAAAAGUUCUAUAUGCUCAUCAGAGGAAUGGCCGUUGUCAUGGGGUUUUACCUGUUGUAACUGCUAAAGUUCCUGUACUGAAGGUUAUUGAUAAGGGAACUGGGGUUGAGUGUGAUAUUUCAGUUGAGAACAAAGAUGGCAUGUCAAGAUCAAUGAUAUUUAAACUUAUUUCAUCCAUUGAUGAAAGAUUUCAGAUACUAUGUUAUCUGAUGAAAUUCUGGGCAAAGGCACAUGAUGUUAAUUGCCCCAGAGAUCGAACAAUGAGCUCAAUGGCGAUUAUCUCUUUAGUUGCUUUCCAUUUACAGACCCGGCGACCUCCAAUCUUACCUGCAUUUUCUGCCUUGUUGAAAGAUGGUCCAGACUUUCCAAGUAUUCAGAGAAAUGUCUCACUAGUUGAGGGGUUUGGGAGCAGAAAUAAAGAAUCAGUUGCCGAGCUUUUUGUGUCACUUAUGAGUAAACUACUAUCAGUGGAGGGUUUAUGGGAGCAAGGGCUCUGUGCUAGCAAUUUUGAAGGGUCAUGGAUCUUUAAGACCUGGGAAAGAGGAGUUGGUAACUUGAGUGUUGAGGACUUCUUGGACCGGUCACAGAAUUUUGCCAGAGCAGUAGGCAAGGAGGAGAUGCAGAAAAUCAGCGAAUGCAUAAGGGUCGCUGUUUUGAAUUUGAACAAUUUCUUUAGGGGUAAAAUUGAUGCACCAAAGCUGAAGAACCUUUUGUUUGAGCCGCCUCAUCAGGAUGAGCUGAUCAGUAAUCCCAGUCUAAAGCGUCCUAAGAGGAAGGACCACCCAACGCAUGGCCCAGAAAGCAACCCACAGCAGCAAAAGAAAGCGAAGCAUAUUAUUGGCCCAGAAAGCAACCAGAAGCAGCAAAAGAAAGUGAAGCAUACUGUAAACCCUGGACCGGCCGCUAGUAGAUCUGCCACUAAUUUACACCGUCCUACCGCAUUUGUGCCUCAAAUACGGCCCAUCCAACCAAUUAAUCAGGUUUCCCACAUACCUCAACCUUUGGUUGACCCUAUGUUUGCUUAUGGGUUACCACCACAACAGCAUCUACAUUCAGCUCCCCUUUAUUGUCAGGGGUUACUAGGUCAACAGCAGGGUAAUUUCAUCCACCUGAAUCCUGGAAUCCAACCGCAGCAGCAAGCCCAACAUAUGUUUGUCCCUUUACUAGAACAGCAACCUGUGAUCAAUGGUUUUCACCCCUAUGAUUUCCAUUUGGCCCAGCUAAUUCAGCAUAACGAGAAUAUAGCGUUACAAAGGAAUAUAGCUUAUGGAACCUAUCCAUAUUACAGGAGAUGACAGUUGCAGUAUGAGAAUGUAGCUAGGUAAUGUUUCUGAGAUAGGAAGUUCACACCGUCGCCAUGUACCCUGGUGCAAAUCAAUUCGUUGAUUUGUUGUAAAAUUUAGUUGUGUGUUGUCAUAUAUGUGCUGGGGAAGAAAUUAAGUAGAGAGGCAGAUUUUGCAUAGCUAUCAAAAGUUCUGGCAAAACCAUGCUGCUGACUCUGCCACCUAGUUUUGUCACCGCAGAUUGUGAGCUCUCAUUUUUCCUUGUGCAAGUGGGGGUAAGAAGAAUUCACGAUUGUCAUGGAUCAAGAUUGAGAGGUGUGCUGCAAAGCUUGCUGUUGAAAAUUCUGUCAGUCAUGCAAGAUUGAUGGAUGCUGAUGAUGAAUCACUUGGUGUACUAGCUUAUAUAUAAUAGUAAAAAUAUCCAGCAAGACCAACAAGAAGCAACUGCAUUGCAUCAGCAUGUUAUUCCUCUGCUAAGCAUCCACCACUGCAGAGCAACCUCAUGGACAAGAAAUGGCAACAUCUGCACUGCUGCUGGUGAUAGGUAUGGAUGAGCUGUUCCAGGUUUGUUGGGUAUCAGCUGAUAAACUGGGACUGUUCCAGGUUUGUUGGUAUCAGCAAAAACUGGAGCUGCCGCCCAUGGUAAUCUCAAUUCUGGUGUUGCUGAUGACCACAUAACCUGAUAAGAUGGAAACUGCAUGCAACUCACAUAGCCCGGAACAAGAUGCUUUCCAUCAUCACUCGUGUUUUGCCUGAUGCGAUGGAAAUACCCAGACAAGGUGAGCUUUUGCACGAAAAUGACAUGAAAAAUAAUAUGCCUCCCUUUUCCUUGCUUGCACUGUACAUACCUGAAGCAUAUGAUGUACCAGUACGAUGGGAUAGUGAACAGUAUGCCGUUCUGUUUUUUGCCAUGGAAACAUCUGGAUGUUUUGGUUUUGAUGCAGAUGCACAUCAUCGAAAGAGAAGUUCUCUUUAAUUUCUACACCUGCAAAGACAAAGCUAUCCUUGUCAAACAGGCAAAGUUGUAGAUAGAUACAGUGAAUCAAUGAUGAUUCAAUGUUCCAAAGGUGUUCAAUCAGCUAGCAAAAAUAUCUGCGGUUGUUUUCCUUUGCAAGCUGCAUGCAUUUGCAUGCUGUAAAUCUUCAGAAUGAAUCCAAAGUGGUAGUGAUUGAUUACUGGAGAAUUGAAUAAAAGUCGAUGAUUAUCGAUCUC